AUGGAAGCCGACUUUAGACUAAUGGACGAUUUUAUAAACCAAAUGGAAAGAGGAAGAAACAAUUUUAAAAAAUCACCUAAAGAUAGAAUAACUGAAACAUAUAUCAGUGCGAGAUUGGAAAGCUUGGAAGGCACAAUGCUUAAGUUCAAUCAGAAGCACGAAGAGAUUAUAUGUGCAUACAAAAAGGAGAAAUUAGACGAAAGUUAUUAUGUCAAAAAUGAUAUAUUUAAUACUGGUUAUGAAAUUUACUUAACUUACAAGAGUGAGCUUAAGACAGUGUUAAACUCCAUAGAGAAAUCGUCGUCUAUAAGCCGGGAACCUUCUACAUCUCACGGAAAUAAAGACUCUAUUGUUCGAUUACCGAAAAUAUCUAUUCCAGUGUUUGGGGGUAGCUAUGCAGAAUGGACUUCAUUUAAGGAUCUCUUUACGUCGUUAGUACAUAACAAUGCUGCUUUAGAUGACGUUCAGAGGUUACAUUACUUAAAAACACAAGUAAAAGGAGAAGCAGAACAAUUAAUAAAGCAUAUUCCAGUUACACGUGACAAUUACCAGAAAUGUUGGGAGCUAUUAAAAAAUAGAUAUAGUAAUAAGCGGUUUAUGUCAAAUUGUAUUUUAAAGCGUUUGUUUGCUCAACGUACUAUGUCUUUUGAAUCGCCUAAUGCUCUCAAGGAUUUACUUGAUACCACAACGGAUUGUAUACAUGAAUUGUCUAAUUUAGGUAUUCAGGUAGAGUCUUGGGACGUUAUUAUCAUUUAUAUUGUUAGUAUGAAAUUGGACGAUGAAACGAGGAAGCAGUGGGAAUUGUAUGUUAAUAGCUUAUCAGUAGAGUUACCUAAAUUUAAUAAUUUUAAACAAUUUUUAGAAGAACGCUUCCGUGCGUUAGAAUUUGUAGAGUCUUCAAAAAAUAAAUUUAAGCCAGUAAAACAAACUACUUAUCAGCCUAAAUCUUUGCACGUCGCUUCCAAAACAAUUUGUCCUCAUUGCGCUGAAAAUCAUAAACUGUUUUCCUGUAGUAAGUUUGCCAAGCAGGAUCUUGAUAGCCGUCAGUCUAUAGUUAAGACAUUAGGUCUUUGCUAUAAUUGUUUGGGAACCAAUCAUACAGGUAAGAUGUGUCGUGUACCAAUAACGUGUCGUAUAUGCAGAAGGAAGCAUCACACGCUUCUUCACGGUAGAGCCAGUUCGAAGACUGAUGACUCAGAAGAGCCAAAACCGGAAUCGUCUUUAAAGACGAAUGAAGCCACUAAUAAUAAUAUUGUUAGUCAUUUUGUGACAGAUCGAAUACAGAGCCAAACCUUAUUAGCAACAGCUUUGAUAAAAGCUGAGUCCAACAACGGUUCGUCUCAGAUAUUGAGAGCGUUGUUAGACCAGGGAUCGCAAGCGUCUUUUAUUUCGGAAGCAGCUGUUCAAUACUUAUGUUUAAAUAAAACAGCAUCAAAGAUUUGCAUUUCAGGUUUAGGUGGCGGUCAGAGUGACUUAACCUCAAAAUAUGUGGUUAUGGUAAACAUGCAGUCCCUUCAUGACCCCACGUUUACAUUACAGGUAAAAGCUCAUGUAUUACGGAAGGUAACUUCAGUGUUGCCGGAGAGAAAAUUUCACUUACCUAAUUGGGAAGACAUAGGUCGAAUUAGGUUGGCAGAUCCUCAAUACAAUUCACCUAAUAGGAUUGAUAUUUUAUUAGGGGCCGAGGUAUAUUGUAAGAUCCUGAAAAAUGGGGUACUGAAACACCCUACUGGUUCUAUGAUUGCGCAGGAUACUUACCUUGGAUGGGUAUUGUCAGGAUUAGUAAAUGAAGGCAACAUUAGUGACCCCAAAUGUCAUAAUGUUAUUGUAAAUAUGCAUAUUCAACUCGACGAUCACGAUCUCUUUAAACGUUUUUGGGAAAUAGAAUCAGAACCUAACUUGGAACGCGGAAAAGUCUUGACGCCUGAGGAGCAAGAAUGCGAAAACCAUUUUGCCGCUACUAAAAGUAGAGACGAAAAUGGUCGCUAUGUAGUCGAAUUGCCUUUCCGACCCAAGACGAAUGUUGAAAAUAUUUAUGGAGAUACAAGAACAAUUGCAGUAAAGAGAUUGUUUAGUCUGGAAAAGAGAUUGUCAAAAAAUUUAGAAGUAAAGAAGGAUUAUACAGAAGUAUUAAAGGAAUACAUUACUCUUGGUCAUAUGGAAGAAAUAAUAGAAAAGGUAGAAGAAACGGGGGAAAAAGUAUGGUUACCGCAUCAUGCCGUUUUGAGACCGGAUAAAAGUACGACCAAAACUAGAGUUGUAUUUAACGCUUCAGAUCGAAGUGCCAAUGGUGUGUCAUUAAAUGACACUUUAAUGGUUGGGCCGACUUUGCAGCCGGAAUUGCGACAUAUUAUAAUGCGAUGGCGAAUGCAUCCUAUCUGUCUUACUGCUGAUAUCAUAAAAAUGUACAGACAGGUAAAGAUAGCUAGAAAACAUGUUGAUUAUCAGAGAAUAGUUUGGCGUGAAGAUACUGACUCAGAAAUUAAGGAUUACAGAUUGUUGAGGGUAACCUUUGGUACAUCUUGCGCACCAUACUUAGCUGUAAAGGCCAUGCAUCAACUUAGCAUUGAUGAAGGUCAUAAUUUUCCCUUAGCUGCUAAUAGAGUCAGAACGGACUUCUACAUGGAUGAUCUCAUGACAGGUUGUCAAACUGAAAUAGAAGCGAUUAAAGUAUACAAAGAAAUGAAUGAAUUAAUGAAGAAGGGAGGAUUCAAUUUACAGAAAUGGUCUAGUAACAGAAAGUUGUGGCAAGAAGAUAACGGAAAGGAUAUGGAGAUCAGAGAAGACGAUACUAUAAAAAUUUUGGGUCUUACUUGGAAUCGUUUUACAGAUGAAUUUGAAUACACAGUUAGGUUAUCUUCUGAAAUUGCAAUUGAAACUAAACGAGAAAUUAUAUCGGAAAUCAGUCGUUUAUUUGAUCCUCUUGGGUGGCUUGCUCCAUGUAUUGUUACCGCGAAGAUAUUUAUUCAAAAAAUGUGGUUAACGGGAUUUGAUUGGGACGACCGAUUACCGAUUGCACUCGUAAAUGAAUGGGAACUCUAUCGACAAGAAUUAAGUAAGUUGGUAAAUUUUUAUUUACCUAGAUGGGUUCAGACGUCGGAUGAUGACGCUAUUGUGGAGUUGCAUGGCUUUAGCGACGCCUCUAGUGUAGCUUAUGCCGCAGUAGUGUAUAUCAGAUGUAUUAAGUUAGACGGUAGUGUUGAAUCCCACCUCGUCACAGCAAAAACUAAGGUUGCUCCUAACAAACAAAUCUCGAUACCAAGGCUCGAGUUGUGUGGAGCUGUUUUAGUCACAAAGCUGCUGGUUGAAGUGGCAAAAGCCUUAAACAUCCAUAAAGCUAGAUUACAUGCUUGGACAGAUUCGACAAUUGUUUUGGCUUGGCUAAGCGAUCAUCCCAGUCGAUGGAAAACUUUCGUUGCUAAUCGGACUUCGGAAAUCCUUAUGCAUCUAGAUUCGUCACAGUGGUCCUAUGUAAGUACUAAGGAUAAUCCCGCUGAUUAUGCGUCGAGGGGUAUCAAACCAGCUGCAUUGUUGGAUAAUCAAGUGUGGAAGUGCGGUCCAAGCUGGUUGUUUGAUAAUGUUAUUAAAUAUGAAAAACCUGCUUCCAUAUACACUAAAACUGAACUAGAAUUAAGACCUACUAAAGUACAUGCAGCUGCGAUGACAGACCCAGGUACGGACUUGUCUACUCGAUUCUCAUCAUUAACAAAAUAUAUACGCGUAAUCGCUUUCUGUCGAAGAUUUCUUCAACUCAAAUCUCCCAAAACGAGUGUAAAGAAUUCGCCUUACCUGACAGCGAAAGAAAUCCAGGACGCACUUGACUGUUGCAUUCGACAUCACCAAUCCGAGGCAUUCGCGGUAGAAAUGGCAAGUCUUACUAAAACUAAAAAUAUAAGUAAAAAGAGCAGACUGUCAAUGCUCAAUCCAUUUCUGGACAAUUUUGGAAUUAUGAGAGUCGGGGGUCGCAUGGAGAAGUCGAACUUAUCAUAUAAAAGUAAGCAUCCCAUUAUAAUAGAUGGCGCAUCUCAUUUAGCAAGGCUUAUAGUAGCUGAUGCCCAUAAUAAAACGAUGCAUGGUGGACAACAAUUAACUUGUAAUUAUAUAAGAAGUAGCUAUUGGGUGACCAAAUUAAAAAAUAUAGUCAAAAGUCACAUUCAUCAUUGUGUCCCAUGCAUUAGACAUGCAGCUACUUUUCGGACUCCUUUGAUGGGUCAAAUGCCCUCCUGUCGAGUCACCCCUAGCAAACCGUUUUCAAAUGCAGGUGUUGAUUAUGCAGGCCCUAUAAACAUACGUGUUUCCAAGGGUAGAGGCCAAAGGUCUUACAAAGGCUAUAUUUGCCUUUUCAUUUGUAUGUCCACACGAGCCGUUCAUAUCGAAGCUGUUUCAGAUCUAACCACUGAAGGCUUUUUAGCUGCGUUUAAACGUUUUAUAGCACGCAGGGGUCGAUGUAACCAUUUAUGGAGUGACAACGGAACAAAUUUUGUAGGGGCUUCGCGAGAACUGAAAAAACUAUUUGCAAAUGAAAAAUCUACCCUGGCCUCUGAGAUUGCAUCGGCACUGGCAACUAAUAACACCGAAUGGCAUUUUAUUCCUCCACAUGCUCCAAACUUUGGUGGAUUAUGGGAGGCAGGAAUAAAAAGUGUAAAGUAUCAUCUGCGUAGAGUAAUAGGUGACUCUACUCUUACAUAUGAAGAACUGUCAACGGUACUGGCUCAAAUUGAGGGGUGUCUCAAUUCGAGGCCACUGUCAAAUGGUAGUUCUGACCCUGAUGAUUGUGUUCCUUUGACGCCAGGUCACUUUUUAGUGGGCGAACCCUUAGUAUUAGCACCUGAUCAUAAUUUAGAACAUAGCUUGGUAAGUAAUUUGAGACGUUGGCAACUAACACAGCGCAUGGUUCAGAUUUUUUGGAAGCGAUGGUCGCAAGAGUAUUUAACUCAGUUUUUUCAAAGGUAUAAAUGGAAAACGAAAACCCCGGAAUUAAAAAAAGGUGACAUGGUUUUAGUCAAGGAUGAGAAUUUACCCCCAGCUAAGUGGCUUUACGGUAUAGUUGUAGAUGUUCAUCCGGGUAGCGAUAACAUCAAUCGUGUAGUUACUCUUCGUUACAAAAAUUCAACGAUUCAACGUCCAACUUCAAAGCUAUGUCUCUUGCCUAUUGAUGUGAAUGAAACCUAA